AACAAUUUCAUUGAACUUUGUACUCGAUUAAACAAUAAUACUGUUGCACGUAAAAAAAAACUUAGCUGGCCUAGCUGGGUGAUUGAGUCGGUACCAGACAGCUAAAGAGGACAGUAUGGCAACUAGUACUGUGGGAACUGCUUUAGUUCUGCUACUCUGUCUAGCAUCAAUUAACAGUUCGUACCAAUCUACAAGUCCCUUACCAUCACAGCCCACCUCCACACCCUCACACAUCACACCCGCCCUUGUACCAACAGACGAGGCCACUAGAAACACAUACAUUCUCUACUCUACGAACACUAAGACGGGUGGAACGCAUGUGUGUCUGCGUAUGGUGGCCAUGAUGACACUCACGUUUAAGUACACCACCAAAACUGGGAAAUCUAGUUACAUCUUGCCACUGGGACCAGCAGCUCUUGCUAAUGUGGAUGCGAGCUCUUGUCAUCUGUCUGUGUGUGCGGACCCUACCAGUGCCACUCUUGUGCUGGACUAUCAGAACAUGUCCAUAGCCCUGGACUUUUAUGAGCUUGAGGGCAACAGACACUGGAAGUUCAACGCCACCACAGUCACCUUCACUGUCACUGAACAGCUCUUCCCCAAUCUCAGCCAAACAGGCUACUAUGGCAGGAGAGUCAGUGUUACUUCACAAGCGUCGUUAUUUGAUUGGAUGAUAAAAGAGCUCCGCCUCCUCUCAUCGUACACUUGCAAUACCAACACGACCCUCGAGCCCUUUACUGGCUCGGAUGUGGAUGAAGUGAUUCAAGUAUCACUGUCCGUGGGUCAACAACGUGUGCAGGCAUUCAAGUUCAGCAGUGAGACAGAUUUUGAUGAAGAUGAGGUGUGUUCUGCUGACAGGACUGUGAUUGUGCCUGUGAUAGUGGCUGGGAUGCUGGCUCUACUCAGCACUGGUGUACUGCUCGCAAUGCUCUGCAAAUUCUGCUGGAAAAAACGCCAAGCGUCAACGAAUAGAUACACACCACUCUCUGCAAACGUUGACUAUGAUGAUGACUAGUGGUUGUUGUUUUUAUGCGUGUAUAAUUAUUCUGUUUCCUCAUUUUAUGCCCUUACAUCACUCUGUUUACUUGUGCACAAAAUUGAUAUAUAUUUAUGAUGCUGCUACUAAA